UCUUUUUGGAACCGGUGUUCUUUUUCUUUCGUUAAUGUCAAGCAAUCUUGUAUUAAAAAAGGAGCAAUACGAUGAAAACCUCUCAGGUUGGGCCGUGUUUAAUACGUAUUAAAAAAAUCACGUGACUAUAAAAAAGAUGCGGGUGUAGACAUUGUCCUUCCAUGACACUCAGUAAUAGUCUGCAACCGUCACGCAUUCCUGGGCUUAAAAUAAAUAGUAACGCUUUGAUUCUAUUCAUGUUCUCUUUUAUCUCGGAAAGAUGUCCAAUUCAGUUACAGAAAGUGGACCGAAACGCACACAAUUAAAUGACAAUAACGCAGAUUUACCUUCAAAGAAACAAAAAACAUCGGACGACAUUUGGAAGUUUAUAAACCUCGACAAUUUAGACAUCAAAAUAUUUUAUCAAUAUAUUAAGUCUAAAGACAGUGUACACAUAGUUGACGAUGAAGGAUAUAGUUUGCUUUACCUGGCAGCAUACAAUAAAAGCUUGGAAGCAUUGCGCAUUUUACUUUUACAAUCUGAUAUAGAUGUUAACAGACUCAACGGUCCUCAUAAUGAACUAGCAUUACACGCUGCUUGUUCAAAAGGGUUGUACGAUGCAGUAGAAUUACUUUUAGAUAAUGGAUCACAGGUUGAUGCCAAGGACUCGUUAGGCCACACUCCACUAACAAACGCGAUAUUCUCCAACUCUUUGUUAACUGUAAAGUAUUUGAUCGACACAGGAGAGGCUAAUGUCAAUACAAUUGAUGAACAAGGAAAUACAUUACUUCAUCUCGCAGCAUCAAAUGAUUUUAUAGAUGCCAUUCCAUUACUGAUCGAAAAAGGGAUCCCGGUGGAUAAGCAUAAUCGACGCGGUAUUUCACCACUCGCCAUUGCUAUUAGUCUAGGGUAUAUAGAAACCGCAAAUGCACUUAUAGAAGGAGGGGCCGACGUUAAUGGAAAGACCCGUUUUGCAACGGUAUUGCAUCAUGCUGUUACAUGGAAUAGAUUGGAAAUUGUGAAAAAACUAGUUGAACUUAAUUGCGACGUGGACGUUGUAAACGUUUUAGACGAGACACCAUUGUAUCUAGCUGUACAGCAAAGGAAAAUCGACAUUGUUCGAUUUCUUAUUGAAGAUGCGAAAGCAGAUCCUUGCUUCAUGCCUGGUAACGAAUCCAAUACCACCAAUUUACCCUUAUUGUACGCAGCAAACCACGGAUAUACUGAAAUGAGCAAAUUAUUGAUUACGCCAAAAACAUCUGAUUAUUUCAUGCAGACUUCGAUAGAUAUGAGUAAUCGUGUUGGAUAUUUUGGUACUGGAGAAUUUAUAAAAGAGCAGCUUUUAAAUCGAUUUCAAGCAUCACCUAAAGAAGUUAAUACGUUGAAAGAUGAAGAUUUUGCUUCACUUUUCAAAUCCUUUAGCGACGAGGAAGAAGUUUGAUCCUUCUAAUAAAAUCCUUACAUGCUAUAUGUAAAUUUAAAUAAAG